CCGAGUAAUCCUUAUUAUCAACAACGUUUGAGCAGAAUCUGCUAACAGAAAUAAGGAUAUUCUAUAAAGGAUGGAAAGUUUACAGCCCAUCUCAGCCGCUGAACAAUCGGCUAUCUGUGUGGAAAUGUUGAAGCGCCUCAACAAUCAGCGAAAACAAAAUUAUUUGUGCGACAUCAUUUUGGCUUCGAAAGAUAACAGCGAGUUUAAGGCUCACAGAAAUGUGCUUUCCGCCGCAAGUCCGUUCUUUUGCAAGCUUCUUCAGAGCGACAUGAAAGAGAAUCGCGAGGGGAUUAUUCGGUUUGACGAGAUCUCAGGUUCUGUUAUGGGAGAUGUUUUGGAAUUCAUCUACACUGGAACAGUGGAAGUAACUCAGGAGAAUGCCGAGGAACUGAUCGCCACAGGGAAUUAUCUGAUGAUACCGAGUUUGAAAACUGUUUCGGGGCGAUUUCUAGAGGGAGAAAUGUCCAAUUCAAGUUGCAUAUCGACCUUUUACAUCGCUGAGAAAUACGAUUGUGUCGAGCUAAAACGUAACAGCAAGAAAUUCAUCCACGAAAAUUUCGACUCCGUAGGAGAAAUGGAUGAAUUUCUGAGCUUGGAGGCUAAGGAGGUGGCGAGGUGGAUUUCAAGCGAUGAGAUUGCUGUGGAAGCGGAAGCCAGCGUCUUUAAGAUCAUACUGAAGUGGGUUGAACACAGCAAGAGCGAGCGUAUAGCAGCAUUUGAAGAACUGUUUCCUCAUGUUAGACUGAGUUUUCUGUCGCGUGACUGUUUGGAGGAUAUCGUGACAAACGAACUAGUGCGUGAGAAUUUGGCUUGUGUGAAGCUGGUUAUGGAUGCUACUACAAAGAUGACUACUAUUACCGAUGACGAUGAUCUUCCGAUGUCACCGAGAAAGGGAUAUGAUACGCGUGUUAUUGUUGCUCGUGGUGGCAAGUACACUUUUUGUUUUCUCCCUGAAGAGGACCUGUGGAAGCGCUUACCAGAUGGUGUGAAGGACAUGAACGCCCACUCAACUCAGAUGAUAAAAUUCCGUGAUCAGCUUUUUACCUUUUCCCAUGGUCCAAAUUCAGAGAGAUACGAUCCUCUUUUUAACGUUUGGUGCGAACUGAAGUUCAGCGCAGAUGCUGCAAAGGUGGCCGUUCUUAAUGGAGAAAUUUAUGCUUUGAAAAUUAACUUCUGGGAAGCUGUUGCGAAGAGGUACAACGUAAAGCAGUGUACAUGGGAGACGCUUCACUCAUCUCAAGGAUACUUAAGAAAAAGUUCUUGCGUUGUUGCAGCCGACAGGCAUCUGUAUUUGUUAGGUGGGGUGAGUGCAGACACAAGGGAAAACGUCGCCAAAGCUGAGAGAUUCGACACCGUUGAGAACAAGUGGGAGGAGAUCGCCGACAUGCUAGAAGAAAGAAGCGAAGCUUUUGGAGUGGCUUCUCAAGAAAAAAUUUUUGUUGCUGGAGGAACAGGCAGGAGGGGGAAAUUACAAACUUGCGAGAUGUACACUACGUCGACCAAUGAAUGGCAAUGUAUUGCGAACUUGAAUGUUCCACGUUCUAACGGCAGUAUGGUUUGUCUGAAUGGAAAGCUGUACGUACUGGGUGGAAGAAAUCGGAACGGCCGAACUGAACUGAGUGUUGAAUAUUUUCACCUGGCAAAUGAACAAUGGAUCCAGAAAACAACCAUACCGGUGACGAACAUCGACACAGGAAAUAAAAUUACAUUCGCUGCCUCUGUUCUAAAGCUCUCCAGAGAAUUACUAGACAAACUAAACAUUGUUGGGGAGUAGUUUCUCCGACGCUUUACACACUUAUAUUUAGCGGUGAUGUCCGUGGCUGACGGCAGGCACAGGCAUGUGUAACUAAAGGUCAGUUUUGACCUGUUACCUUUAGCCGUAAACUUUACGGUACUUUAAACACUCUCACUGAAGAUGGUACUUUGUGUAUUCGUGUUUACAGCACCCGGCUUCUAAAUCAUACUUAUUUAUGCUUGACUGCUGCGCAACUUUGACAUAGACUGCCUCUGUAGUCAAAAAGAAGACGAGAAAGGUCUUAACGGACAGACUAGCUCACUGUAGAUGAAGAAGGAUGGUUAUCAUUGAGCACAGUUUAUAUUUGAAACUUGUUGAAUGCAGCGAAAUACACAAUGCAGAAUAAAACAC